UCUCAAGCAAGGCGAGCAGAAUUUCAGAAGCUGACGAGGAAAACAGAACAAAACAGGGGAGAAACAAGCCUACAGAUGAUGGCUCGGUCUAUCCCGCCGGAGUCCGGUGACGAGAACGUCUCGGCUUCUGCCGAUGUGUUGCUUUGCUAAAAACAUGAGGGUUUGAGAACUUCUCUCGCAAAGACAUGCAGGCGGCCUAUUUUAGGGACAGAAGAUGACAAAAGAACAUCAAGGAAGAGGGCGUACGUGUAGAGAAAGACGGUGAAAUAUUUUGCCAGCCAGCCGGCCGGCCGGAGUCCGACGAUCGAGCACAUUCCGAUGGACACUGCAGGCGGUACAACAAACCACGCCUAAAACCUCCUUUACUUAGGAGGGCAUGGAGGAGGAGGUGAACGACCACCCGAUCGAGGAGGUCCGGAACACGGUGCCGGUGACCGACGACCCGUCGGAGCCGUGCCUGACGUUCCGGGUGUGGGUGCUGGGGCUCUCGUCGUGCGUGUUCCUCGCCUUCGUCAACGAGUUCUUCAUGUACCGGACCACGCAGCUGAGCAUCGGCACGGUGGUGGUGCAAAUCAUCACGCUGCCCAUCGGCCGCCUCAUGGCGUCGACGCUGCCGGCGAGGCGCCUCCGCGUCGGCGGCUGGUCCUUCUCCCUCAACCCGGGGCCCUUCAGCCUCAAGGAGCAUUGCCUCAUCAUCAUCUUCGCCGGCGCCGGCGCCAGCGGCGUCUAUGCCAUGAACAUCAUCGCCAUCGUCAAGGUGUUCUACAAGCGCCAGAUCAGCCCCUACGCCGCCAUGCUGCUCGCCCAGACCACCCAGUUGCUUGGGUAUGGAUGGGCCGGAUUGUUCAGGAAGUACCUGGUUGACUCAGCCUACAUGUGGUGGCCGUCAAACCUCGUCCAAGUCACCCUCUUCAGGGCGAUGCACGAGGAGGAGAAGAGGAACAAGGGGCAGCUGACGCGGCUGCAGUUCUUCAUCAUGGUGAUGACGUGCAGCUUCGCCUACUAUAUCGUACCCAGCUACCUGUUCCCGGCGAUCAGCACCAUCUCGGUGCUGUGCUGGCUGUACAGGGACUCGGUGACGGCGCAGCAGAUCGGCUCCGGCGCCUCGGGCCUCGGCGUCGGCUCCUUCGGCCUCGACUGGAACACCGUGGUGGGCUUCCUCGGCAACCCGCUGGCGUCGCCGGCGUUCGCCAUCUUCAACGUCAUGGCCGGCUUCGCGCUCAGCACCUACGUCGCCGUGCCGAUCCUCUACUGGACCGACACCUACAACGCCAAGCGCUUCCCGCUCGUGUCGUCGCACGUCUUCAACGCCGCCGGCGGCCGCUACGACACCGCCCGCAUCCUCGACCCGGCCACCUUCACGCUCAACCUCAGGGAGUACGACGCCUACGGCCGCAUCAACCUCAGCAUCCUCUUCGCCAUCAACUACGGCAUCGGCUUCGCGGGCCUCAUGUCCACGCUCUCCCACGUCGCGCUCUACCACGGCAAGGACAUUUGGGGCUUGUGGCGGAAGGCAACGGCGGAGCAGGCGAACGGCGGCGGCAAGGAGCGCCAAGACGUGCACACGAGAAUCAUGAAGAGGAACUACAAGGCCGUGCCACAGUGGUGGUUUCACUUGAUGCUGGCCAUCGUGAUGGCAUUGUCGCUGUACACCUGUGAGGGGUUUGGCCGGCAGCUUCAGCUGCCAUACUGGGGUCUCCUCCUUGCCUGUGCCAUCGCCUUCACCUUCACGUUGCCCAUCGGCGUCAUCUCUGCCACGACCAACAUGCAACCAGGGUUAAACAUCAUCACAGAGCUCAUCAUCGGGUACCUGUACCCGGGGAAGCCAUUGGCGAAUGUGGUGUUCAAGACCUACGGCUACAUAAGCAUGACUCAGGCGCUGACGUUUGUGUCGGAUUUCAAGCUGGGGCACUACAUGAAGAUACCGCCCAGGUCCAUGUUCAUGGUGCAGCUGGCAGGGACGGUGGUGGCGUCGACGGUGCACUUCGCGACGGCGUGGUGGCUGCUGACGACGGUGAGGAACAUCUGCGACGUGGACAGCCUGCCGCUGGGGAGCCCGUGGACGUGCCCCGGCGAGGACGUCUUCUACAACGCCUCCAUCAUCUGGGGCGUCGUCGGACCGCUCCGGAUGUUUGGCCGUCUCGGCAACUACUGGCAGAUGAACUACUUCUUCCUCGUCGGCGUCCUCGCGCCGGUGCCCGUCUGGCUGCUGUCGCGCCGGUACCCGCGCAGCGCGUUGCUCCGGGACAUCAACCUGCCGCUCGUCCUCGCCGGCGCCAGCGGGCUGCUCCCGGCGAGGUCCGUCAACUUCGUCAUGUGGGGGCUCGUCGGGUUCGUGUUCAACCACGUCGUGUACCGCCGGUGCAGGGCGUGGUGGAUGCGGCAUAACUACGUGCUCGCCGCGGGGCUCGACGCCGGCGUCGCCUUCAUGGGCGUGCUCACCUUCGUCUCGCUAGGAUACUUCGACAUAUACGGGGUGCAGUGGUGGGGUGGCGCCGCCGAUGAUCACUGCCCCUUGGCGUCGUGCCCCACAGCACCUGGGGUGUUUGCCAGGGGAUGCCCGCCUGUACCUUCUUGAUUGAUCAGGACACCGCAUCUACAUGUAUAUACUCCAUAUGACAGAUGGUUACUCAAAUGUAUAUAUUAUAUCCUCUUGUCUUCCUCUCUUUUGCCCCCUCCUCUUCAUACACUGUAGAUCCAAUGGUCGCCACUCGCCAGCCGGCAGUGGUCACGGCCUCACCGGUGCAUUACACCUGCAAUGCAAAGUGGCUAUGAGCCUAUGAAGGUGUCAGUUUCUUA